AAUUCUGAACGUAAUAAUGGCUGUCAGAGAACCCUAUGAAAAUUGUAUGUUUUUGUAUUGAAGAUUGGUGCAUGAUUUGCAAUAUUUGUAGUCUUUUUAAGUGCUGAAACAUAAUAACUCAUCAAGAUGUUUCAGUUGGGCUUCAAUUUAUUUCACGAGAUCAGUAGGCCUUUUAACAUGACCUACAGAUGUUUCUCUGUGUCUAUGCUGCCAGGGAACGAGCGCCAGGAUGUAGAAAGGGGAGGCAAAAUAAUAAUGCCACCUUCAGCUUUAGAGCAGUUGACAAGACUGAAUAUAGAGUAUCCAAUGAUAUUCAAACUUACAAACAAGAAGACCAGGAGAAUCACCCAUUGUGGUGUAUUAGAAUUCGUUGCUGAUGAAGGAAAAGUGUAUCUACCUCACUGGAUGAUGGCGAAUCUUGUGCUGGAAGAGGGGGCUUUGCUGCAAGUGGAGAGUGUGUCUCUGCCAACAGCCACAUUUUCCAAGUUCCAACCACUCUCUGAAGACUUCUUAGACAUUUCUAAUCCUAAAGCAGUAUUAGAGAACUGCCUACGCAAUUUCUCGUGUCUGACAACGGGAGACGUGAUCGCCAUAAAGUAUAACUCGAAAGUGUACGAGCUAUGCGUGCUGGAGACAAAGCCAGGGAAUGCUGUCAUUAUCAUUGAGUGUGAUAUGAAUGUAGAAUUCGCACCGCCUGUAGGCUACAAAGAGGACGAACGUGUAUCACGAGGAGAGGAAUUCUCGGAGGGUAUGGAGGAGGACCCAGAAGGGAUGAUGCCAGAGCCGGAGGGCUUUAUCGCUUUCCGCGGUGAAGGAAACCGGCUCGAUGGGAAAAAGAAAAAGUUGACUAGUGAAAGUGAAAGUGAACCUCAAGCUUCGCAUUCCAGACAGCCCUACGUCCGCGGCAUCCCAGACUACAACUACCAAAUAGGAACUCUAAGAUUUAUACGCAACUACCGUUCGGCCAACGCAAAGGAAGAGAUACCUACAGAGCCUUUUGAAGCCUUUAAAGGCGAAGGAUUCACGUUACGUAGCGCUAAGUCCAAGUAGUAUAAUUACAUAAUUUUCAGACUCACUAGUUAAAUAUGGACACUUCUUCAAUUUAAAAUAAAUUGAACUGGGCUGUUUUAAGAAUUCAUCUUAGACUGGUUAAUACAAUGUUAGAUAAUUGGCUACUUCAUUGAUUUGUAUAUAUCCAGUUUAAGGUGAGCUACUGCUUUCACACUUCCAUAUUUAACUCUUCAGUCUAUAUGUUAGAUUUUAUACAACAAUUGCCGUAAAAUUAUUUGUUAUUUUCUGAAAUGAUUUGUUUCGCGUUUUAACAUGUUUAAAAUAUGAUUUAAAAGAAAGAACUGGAAAUAGCAACGUCGCGGCCGGGUCGCUCAAUAUACCUAGACUUUAAGUAUACAAGCGAUUCCAUGCUGAACAUUUUGCCAAAAUAAGCAUCUUAACCUUAGUAAUUUAACAUACAAUUGAAUAUUGUGUUCUAUUUCGAUGUGUGAGUUCAAAGGGACUAUCUUAUUUAGGUUUAUAAAAAUUUUAACUAAUUUGACAGAUCUUUAUACUUUCUACGUUUUCACAUUAGACAACUCGACACCAUGAACCGAACUAAGAUUCUUGUCAUCAUGCACAUAUGGCGCUGUAGUGUAAAACCACAGCCUCGUUAUCAUUUUCAUCUCUUUCAUUACGCGUUACUUAAAGGUACCGGUACUCAAUAGCGGUUCCCGCAACGUUGCCAGUCUGCUAUAUCCGGCUGAGGCUUUUAAACAUGUUGGUUAUUUAAUUGCAUUUGAAUAAUUGAAACAUAAAAUACCGGUACCGUAGUAAGAUCAAUGGUACUAGUUCCUGAAAAUACCUAUAUUCGAUAACUGUACAGUCAAAACAUUAAAUGUUUAAACAAAUUUUGUUUACACGUCAUUUCGGUAUCGUCGUGUGUGAAAACAUGCAAUGUCAUCUCUUUCAAUAAUAUUACCUCAAAAGGGAUACGAAUAUUUUAGGUCUAUCAAAUGGAAUCGGAAUCGUCACCACAGUCUAUCCUUUUUACUGUCUCUAGUUCAAUAGAGCAACCUAAUUUUUCAACUGUCAUACAACUUUUUUAACUGUAUUUACAAAUAUUAUUCAAAUUUAACAUCCAUAAUUAUAGUAAGACCUUAAAACUGUGGUAUUUUUUUUAUUAAAGCCCUGUUCAAAUCUGCACACAUAAUCGAUAUAUUUAAGAUCCAAACGCAUCAGCGGUUUGCUGCUCGGUACAGUGGUGGCAUGGGCAACUCUGUCGCGAUCGUCAAACGGAGACUGAUAAGAAAAAUGAAAUUUUUAGACAAUUGUGUCUGUAGUACACAGCCGCUAUAGCGUAAUUAAGAUAGCGUAACUACGUGUAGCGCAGCGGGACUGCGUUUGGACCUUAAAAUCGCGCACAAAAGGACGAAUCUCGCUCGAAUUGUCUCGCAUGAACAUUGAAUCCAGAAAACGGUCUCUGAAUCUGCACUCAUAUAAAAAAUCUCAACUAGACCGCUACUAAAACGCGCUAGCUGCUCACGAGACAGACGCCCCGCACACAUGCACCUGGGGCAGACAAACAUGUCCAUCUCUGCAGCUAACCACAAACCCCAGCGAGUCCAUAGCC